CUUCCUCCGGCUAGGUUGUGGGAAACAGGCUUUCUAGCCUUGUUCCUUAGCUCCUCCCUCCCCGGAUUUGUCCAGCCCACCAAGGGGAAGGCAGCAAAAGAUAAUCACAGAGUCCUGCACUGUAGGUUUCGAUUAGCAGACAGUUCUUCCCACUAGGAGUCUUCUGUUUGGAGCUGUGAACCCCUCUGCCUGCGUCUUCCUCACUGCCUGGUGGGCCUCAGAGCCAUGGCAACGGAGGAAAAGAAGCCGGAGACGGAGGCUGCCAGAGCACAGCCCACUCCUUCGUCAUCGGCCACACAGAGCAAGCCUGCACCUGUUAAACCAAACUAUGCUCUAAAAUUCACCCUGGCCGGCCACACGAAAGCUGUGUCCUCUGUGAAAUUCAGCCCGAAUGGGGAGUGGCUGGCAAGUUCGUCUGCAGAUAAACUCAUUAAAAUUUGGGGUGCCUAUGAUGGAAAAUUUGAGAAAACCAUAUCUGGUCACAAGCUGGGAAUAUCAGAUGUGGCCUGGUCGUCAGAUUCUAACCUCCUUGUGUCUGCCUCAGAUGAUAAAACCCUAAAGAUAUGGGAUGUGAGCUCGGGAAAGUGUCUGAAAACCCUGAAGGGGCACAGUAAUUAUGUCUUUUGCUGUAACUUCAACCCCCAGUCCAACCUCAUUGUCUCAGGCUCCUUUGAUGAGAGCGUGAGGAUAUGGGAUGUGAAAACCGGCAAGUGCCUCAAGACUCUGCCUGCACACUCGGACCCAGUUUCUGCUGUUCAUUUUAAUCGAGAUGGAUCCCUGAUAGUGUCAAGUAGCUACGAUGGGCUCUGUCGGAUCUGGGACACUGCUUCAGGCCAGUGCCUGAAGACACUGAUCGAUGACGACAACCCACCUGUGUCCUUUGUGAAGUUUUCUCCGAAUGGCAAGUACAUCCUGGCUGCGACCUUGGACAACACCCUGAAACUCUGGGACUACAGCAAAGGGAAGUGCCUGAAGACAUACACUGGUCACAAGAAUGAGAAAUACUGCAUAUUUGCAAAUUUCUCUGUUACUGGUGGGAAGUGGAUUGUGUCUGGCUCUGAAGAUAACCUGGUGUACAUCUGGAACCUUCAGACAAAGGAGAUUGUGCAGAAACUACAGGGCCACACAGAUGUUGUGAUCUCGACGGCGUGCCACCCAACGGAGAACAUUAUCGCCUCAGCUGCCCUGGAGAACGACAAGACCAUUAAGCUCUGGAAGAGCGACUGCUAGGUCCUUGGGUGCCACGGGCGGGCCGUCAGGAAGCCGACCCGAUCGGCAAGGAGCGAGGUGUCUCGGAGGGGUCCUCCUGGGUCUGGGCCUGGGGACCUGGGGGGGCCUGCACUUGAGCCUCCUCUGAAGACCAUUUGGCUAAGAGGGAGUGUUACCACCAGAAAGUUCUAGAAGGUGACAUUUCUUGCCAAUUCCUCUCACAUUGUCUGGGGAAGAAUUCCUAGUCUGUAUUGUGUUCAGUCAACAAAUUUAAUUUUUUAUUACAAAAGGGUGAGGUGAAGUUCAGUUUAUCAAGAGUUGUGUUUUCCCCAGUAAACGUUCUGUACUGUUUUUGAUGUUUUAUUACCCUGUGCAAGCGCUGUGACCAGUCGCCACUCUCCCAGCCCAACUUCCGCAGGGUCCCCUGGUCUGGCCAGUAGAUGCUGUCGUGACACGGUCCCCCCUGCCACCCAUUCCUGCCUGUAGUAGUUCCCAGUGUGUUUCAAAGUCUGGAAAAGACAAACCCCGUGAGGCUGUGUACGUGUAAAACCCUGUGUACGCAAGUCUGUGUGCCUGUGCUGAUGGCAUGGUGGUGGCACUCAGUGGUCCCUGUUUGUGUCCCCGGUGUUCACACAACAAGCAGCGAGGCUGUAGGAAAAGGUGCGAACUGCGCAAGGCGUAGCAGCUGACUCCUCACAUUAAGCUUGUCUCCACUGCUUUUGUAUAAAAGCCUCACAAUUGGCAGGAGGUGAAAGGACUUGGUCAAGGGCAGGUGCCCCCAAUGGCACAGCAUUCUGACCUUGUCCUCCAGAAGCCUGGAGCUGCAGAAGACAACUCCCUGCACAAUAAUACUGUGUAAGCAAGGGGGCAGGGGAGGAACUCUCGGGAAGGUCUUAGUUAAAAAGAAGCCCAAGGCCCUGAAACAUCCUGUUGAAUGUAGCAGAUGGCUUUUAGGGGCGGCUGGGGUGCAGGAGGCCCCAGUACUUCAGUUCCAGGCUUAGGCUCUGCUCUGAGGGGCUGGUGACCGUCCUCGAUUGCUGGCUUGAAGACAGGCAGGCUUCUUAGAGUCCUCAGUGGCAGGGAUUUGGGUAUCAUCCACCUGCCUGGCCCUCCCGGCCAGUCUGCCAGCACUGAGACCUUGUGUGGGGAAGGUGCGUUCUCACCAGGGCCUGGGUGUGCAGGUGGCUGAUGUCAACAGUCUGCGUCUCAGCCCUCUCUGCCUUUCCUAAGGCCCGAAUCCCCAGUUCUGGGGUUCUGGAUGGUGCCAGAUAGUGAAUGAAGCCUUCAGUUGUAUGGGGUGGCGAGGAAGUGGGGGCUGCCCUCAGGUCUCCUGGGAACCCUCUGGUGACCACUGUUGCACAGGGUGAGCAUGACAAUGCUGAAGGCAUCUGGGAAUCAGCUGCCUACAGGGCCCGUCCUCUGGAAGUAGAAGUGCUCGUGGGUUCCUGUCCUUGGGAUGAACUGCUGCAGGAAAUGGGUGAAACGCUCGGGGGCUGGGACCCACACUAGCAGCACAUCUUGAUAGAAAAAGCUAAGGUCUGUGUGUCGGCAUCCCAGUGGCUUGGCUUUGGGGUUUCCCGAGAGACGUCGAGGUUCCUUCAGUUUUGUCGGUUCUGGUGUCAGUUUGCCCCUGGGAGGAGGGGUGUGUGCGGAGCACCGUAUCCUUGAAUAUAGUGUAUUUUUUCUACAUUGGAAUUCUUGGUUGUAGAUUUAUGUAAAAAUACAUUCUCUUUUUGGAAAUAAAGAUUUUCAUGUCUUGUA